GUGGGAGGAGACUUUUAACAGCAGUAUUGGGCUAGGGGCCAUUUCAGAACUCCUAAGUUUAUAUCAACCUCAACUUCUAGAGUAUGGAGAAUUCAAAAGGCAAAGAGUGGAAUUCCACAAAGAAGUUGGGGGAAGAAAAUGUUACUUUCCAAUUCAAAACCGUGUCCAUAGAGGAACAGAGAACUUCUGGUGAAAGUAUAUCAACUAUGAAAAGAAUAACCUCAACAAAGGCGACCAAACGAAAAAGAAGUAUGAAAGAGGACAAAACUUCUUGCAAAACCGAGAAAGCACAAGACAAUGAUAGAGUAAAACCUGAACGGAAGAAGAUACCAAUUCCUCCACUGCCCUUGAAAAUCCCACCCAUCAAUCUGCUUCACCGGGACAUUGUGCGGGCCUGGGGUCGGGAACUAAAGCUGAGCACCAAGGGCCAGAAAUUAGAAGUUUAUAAGAGAAUCUGUGAAUAUGCAUAUCCAAAUCAAAAGGAUAUUCCCAACACUGCAAAGGAGGCCAGGAUCCUGAAGAAAUCAGAGCUAAAAGCAGUGCUAAGCAGUGGGAAAAUAACUCCGGAAAGUUCUAAGGAAACUAAUCCUCCUAAAGUAAAUGCUUCUCCUGAGGACAGUGUGCCGGCACCUAUCCUCCAAGAAUCAACUCUCGAGACAGUUGACACGGUGGUAGUGACAACAUCUGCCCCAGAUGCUGUGUUUGCCUCCUGGACCAGAAUAACAGCCAUGGCUGGAAGGAUGGAGGAAAUACAAGAAGUACAGUCACCACCAGAGUCAAGUGAUGUUAGGUGGUGUGUUAUUCAUGGAAGAAGUCUCCCUGCAGACAGAGAAGGCUGGGUCCGCCUUCAGUUUCAUGGGGGACAAGCCUGGGUACCUGAGAAACAAGGGCAAGUGUGUGCCCUGUUCCUGCUCCCCUCCUGCAAUUUUACACCCCCACACCUGGAGGACAAUAUGUUGUGCCCCAAAUGUGUCCAAAGGAAUAGGGUAUUGAUGAAAAGCCUCCAAUAAGAUUAUAUUACCAGGAAAAAGUCACCAGCUAUGAUUAAUUUUAAUGAUAAACAGACAGCUACAAUCAACUGACAGCUGAACUCCGGGCUCCUCCACGCUUCGUAUAUUCUGAAUUAAAUGAUUUCAGACUUUUAAGUAUUUUAAAACCAAGUGAAAGGGAAACAAAACAUGUAUAUUAAACAAACUUUUAAAGUUUUCUUAUGGAAUGUCUCUGGAAUCGGGGGAAAAAGGCACUUUGCCUGUAUUUUCAUUUGUAACUGUUAUGUGUAUAUAAAUCUAUGGCUUAAAAAGGUGUCUAGAGUUACUUCCAAAUCAUAAAUGCAUAAUAUAUUGCAUUUAAAAAUGUACAUAGCAAAUAUUCAUUAUCUAUUAUA